UCUGAAAUUGAGUUUAAAAAAAUCUUGUUUAUUCACGUCGUUCCACUUGGAGUAAAAAAGAUCUUUUUCAUAACGUUCGUAAUGAGACAGAUAUUAUGCGGAAAUAUCAAAUGUAAUCAAAAUUCGAAUACUGGGUUAACAUCAUAUCAUUCUCACUUUCUCUGUUAUUAAUAUGAAGUAAAAUUUAUUGAAUUAACUUUAAAUUAUAAAUCAAAUGUGUUAUUUUUCACGUAAAUAACAGUUUUGCGGAAUUCUCUGUUUACGUCUUAAAGUAAAUGUAAAUUUAAAAGAAAUCAUAAUAAUACAGCAAAAGACAAACAUAGAAUGGCGUUAAUCAUGACAAGAAAGGGAUUUAUUAGAAGAAACUAGGGAAUGAAACUGGACUUUACAACACACACGUACAGACCUGGAUGUUGGACUAAUGGAAACACAGCUUGUUGAUUCCAAGAGGAAAUUUCUGUCAAGAUUUUUCUUCAGUAAACUGAUGCUCGUUGGAUUAUUUGUAUUCAUUUUGCUGCUGGUACAUCAUGCUGAGAUACCUAUAUUAGUAGGAGAAAGCCGAACGGAUCUCAUUCAACCCAAAAUAUCAUAUGCAGACUCCAAAGUUCGAAAGACGCUCAAGAAAAACUAUAAAGUUGAAACUGAAGGAGCUAUAUACAGAACAGAAGAUAUGUCCAUGAAACAUCACGAAAUAAAGUACAUAAACAAAACGAAUUAUCUAAGUGAUGGAGGUAGGAGACUGAAAGAAUCGAUAUAUUAUGGAAAGGACGACGGAAGUGAUUAUAUCAAAACUAAAUAUAUAAUGCACAAGUUGUUAAAUGAAAACGGACAAAACCUUUCAGCGAGACAACGCGCAAAUCUUGUCAAGGAAAGAUGUCAAAUAUUUCUGAAAGAAAACAAUUUACGACUUAAUCCCAAUAAAAAAUGUAAAUUUGAUCGCGAAUUUAUGGUUAGUCGAAGUUAUAACUUAACCGUUUGCUACAACUGUAAAGUGGCUUCGUCGAAUAUAAAACGCGUUCUUUAUGUUCUCGACCACAACUUUACUGGCGACAUCAACAAUCUCUCUACGCUUAUGACAGGCUUGUACUGUAGGACGUUAAUGGACGAUUUCCAGCAAAUUAUGUCUGAGAAACGCCAUAAUAUCAAUGUAAUGUUAGUCAGAGAACCACUAGAAAGGUUACUAUCUGCAUACAGAGAUAAACGUCCUUAUUGGGGGUACUUUAAAAACCCUUCGUUUCCAUUUAAAGAAUAUUUGAAACUUAUUUUAGAUGAAAAAAUGAAAAAAAUGGACAGACAUAUUUAUCCAUAUUUUGAAAGGUGUCGGCCGUGUGAAAUGCAAUACGAUUUUAUUGUUGCCCCAAACCAGUUUGACGAUGAUGUAAAAACAAUGUUACAAGCGAUCAGUGCAAGUAGAAAACCUGAUGUACCAAAAAGAAAUGAGACGGGUUAUGCUCCAAAAUCAAGUGAUAAGCUGUUAAAACAGUACUUCAGCAAAAUUCCAAAUGACAUGAUACACAAACUGUGGGAGAUAUACUAUAAAGACUAUUACAUAUUUGGAUUCCCUUAUCCAUCACAUCUGAUGCACUGAUGAAACUGGAAGUUGUCAAUGAUUUUCCCAAGCGACCCCAACUUGAAAGAAAUAUGUCGUAAAGAGAGGCUGAGAUGAUACUCUAUAAUUGUUUAAUAAUGUCAUAUCUCUUUUCAAAAAUGUCGAUGUAAGCGGAAUAUUUUAUUCUCUCAACAUGGAUCAAGUACUGAAACAGUCAAGACCUUUUGUUAAUCACCUUUGGACUGGUCGAUGUAAAGGAAAUAUUUUUCAUAAACUGAACUGAGAAAUAUAUUUCGUCAUUCGUAAACGCCUAAGGACUGCUCGAAUUAUUAAAUCUUUAGUAUAUCGCAUUCCAGAGAGGACCUUUAUAUCAUUUCGACAGUAAUUGGCGGGCUAAACGAUGUACAAUGUAGUGCGUGCGUAUGUGUAUGUGCGUGCGUACGCGUGUGUGUGAGUGUGUGUGUUUUUAAUUUCUGUCAGACAUUUUUCAAAUGUUUUGUCAAUGUCGACUAUACAGUUGUGAGCAAAUGAACAUGUGGAAUCUAUGUCUUUUUUCAGGAAUCGUUUAUUUUGUAGGGUAAAAGUUGUAAUCAAAACCACAGUAUGUGUUUCUACAUUAAAAGUAGACUAGCUACCAACACCAGCGCACUGCCCUCUUCCCACAUACAGAGUAUGCGCAGAAGGUUAGCCGGCGACGUUAAAAGUUAUUUUGUCGUCGUUUCUUUCUACACCGUUCGCUGACUACAAUCAAGUUAAAAAAUAGUAAAACAAUCUCUCGCCAAAAUAUAGAUAAUUCCGUAAUUGUUUUAAAUAAAAUCUGGAAAGUAGAUCCCUCGGAAGCACCGAGAACAAGGCAAAUAGUGAAAAUUGCAGACUCGGUUUGAUUGAGUCUGUUCAUGGGCAGUAAUAGAAAAAGCAACACUGCCCACGCCCCCUAGCACCGGCUUAAGCAGUAUUAAAAGCCUUAUUGUCAUUUUUAACUUAAGAGCUGCACUUCGUGAUGAAUGAACUUUAACACUUUGUUAAAAUAAUAUGCCGUUAAACUUGGUUUGUUAGCAUUAUCAGUUUGUAGUUUGGCAUGACUCGACUAUGCAAGAGUCUGAAAAAUCCUCAAACUUAGAAUUGUGUUCUGAAAAGAAUUUACAGAUACGCGAUUACCUUCGGAAGAUUAGAGAUACCAGCACAGAAUCCUUGAACUUAUUGUAUUUGAUUUAUUCGAUUUCCAUUCUGCUGACUUGAAAAUAUUUGCACAUUGAAAUAGUUGAUCAAAAUGCCACUUUUGCUGUUUGUAUGAACGUAUUUGUUCCGGGAGAUCCCCCAGUAAUGUUGUUAUAGCUUCUGCCCAACCCUUUUGAAUAUUUACAUUGAUGUAUUUAUGUAUGCAUGUUGUAUGUGUGUGGAUAAAAUAAGUAAACAUAUACAUGUACAAUAAAUUAUGAUUAAACUAAAUCAAAUUGCCGUUCUUGCUAUCGGUGUAAACAUGUAUUUGCUGAUUGUAGUAUUUAAUCAAACUGCCAUUUGAACAUAUUUGCAUAUUGUAAUCUUUAACCAAAACAAUGCCUUCUUUACUAUUUGUAAGAUUGUUAAGCCUGAAUCAAAAAUGCCAAUUCUGCUAUUGGUGUGAACAUUUUUCUCUAUGUAGUCUUUAAUCAACUUGCUAUUUGAACAUAUUUGCAUAUUGCAGUCUUUAACCAAAACAAUGCCAUUUUUAAUUGCUAUUAGUAAAAUUGUUUAGCCUGAAUAAAGAAUGCCGUUUCUUCAAUUGGUGUAAACAUUUUUCUCCUUGUAGUCAUUAGCCAAAUUCUAUUUGAACAUAUUUGUACAUUGUUGUAUUUCUCCAAAUUGCCAUUUUUGCGAUUAAUAAGAUUGUUUAGCUUGAAUAAAAAAGGCAUUUCUGCUACUGGUGUGAACAUAUUUCUCCUUGUAGUCAUAAUCAAAUUGCUAUUUGGACAUAUUUGUACAAUGUUAAUUCUAACCACAUUGCCAUUUUUGCUAUUGGUAUGAACAUACUUGUACACUGUUGUUUUUAACCAAAUUGCCAUUUUUGCUGUUGAUAUGAAACUGCGAAACACAAUACAUAUUGUUUGCAAAGAAAAUUUUGCUAAAGAAAUUCCCUACAGUUCGACUAUGAACUCAAUUUACAGUGAUUCCAAUUUAAGAAGUUCACGCAAACAAUUUGCAAAAGAGAAAUUCCGAUGUAAAACUAAUGAUAAAUGAUGAUAAAUGAAAGGUAUGGUCCUAACGGGAUUGUAGAAACCAUUUAAUGUUUCUGUAUAAAGGAGUUCCGCGUGCUAAGGAGAGGAGCGUGAGAACUGUUGCACUGUUUACUUCUCAUGAACAGACUCAGUCAAUAACCGAGUCUGCUGUGUUAGUACCGUUAUUCCAUCCAAACAAUCUUCUUGUAGAUCUUACUUUUAAACUGGUUUCAAAUUUUACUUAAACAUUUCCAAUUUCAGAAUUAUCAAAACGUUGAUGUGUUUGUUUUAGUUUAUAGUCACGCCGACACAAUCAAAAUUAAUGUCAACGUCUUGGUGGAAAAAUAUCUCAUGCAUAAUACCCAACCAGCUAGCUUACAGAGGGUCAGGGUUUCCUCACAUGGAGAUUUCAACGUCUCGAGCCUCUUUCGAACAUACAUCGGUGAGGGUCAAGUGAUUCUAAGUCAGUUACUUUAACCACUCGGCCCCUCCAUCUAUUUGUGGUCCUGUACUAUAGAUGAGAAGUGACGCUCAGUCUACAAAACAUUUGAUGUUCUGUUUUGCUAGUUUUUGUGUAUCUUGUUUUUCUUUUUUGUUUUAUCUUUACUUUUCUCUUAUUUUGCGAAUGUAAGCACAACAAACAACACAAUGAUAGUAAAACGAUUUAUUAGGUUGCUUGACACUAAAUGUGUCGGUGUUUUUCAUGUCUUAACGUUACUGUACAUACGUAUUAUAUAAAAGUUUAAAAAAGUAGUAAAUGACCGCAUGUCUAACAUACAUACCUUCAAGCUGAUUACCAUAUAUUACCAUAUAUUUGUCAUAUUUGGUUAGAAAGCCAUAAAAAUAGUACCAAUGGAAUCUGGAACACGUUAUAAACACGACUUAAUACGGUAACACCUACCGUUAUUGUUCCCAUCGCUCAUAUGAUCCAAAGGUCAAUUUACCGAUAUACAGAUCGGUGUCAACAAAAUAAGAGUUUCUACCUAAAGUUUUACCCUUGUUUUGUUGUAAAAUUAGCGAGAAAAAAAAUCUUGAAAAUUUAGGUUCGUCAGCUCAACACUACACAAAGCAACAAAUGCAAGCUGCUGGAGGCUGUGUGAGAAAAUGCAACUGAAUUUGGGAAACCCAUGUUAUUUAUCAUGC